AUGACUUCACCAGAAGAAGACGACUUCUUCAACCCGUCCUUGCUAAAAGCAGGCGGGGCAGGUUCUUUUGAUGAGUUUGAUGAUCGUUUGGCGAAUAAAUUAUCUAUCAGUGAAUACGAUGAUGAUAAGAAUGAUGAAACAUUUGGCAACGAUAUUGAUGUGGUUGAUGAUGGAUUUUUUGCGUCCUCCCAUCAUCAAGAUUUAUUGCUUGGAAAUAACCAUCAUCACCAGCAACACCCAAAAUCAAUCCAUAUGGAUAAUACUACUACUGCAAUUAAUAACCCAUUGAAUAGUGGCUCACAAACAUGGAAACAAAAGGGAGUAUCGGCCAACAACAACAACACUGCAGCUAAUACUGUUAUUAAUACGACUCCCUCCAAUCAAACCAGCAGUGGUAGAAUGGGCUUUUUUAGUACUUCUACACCAUCACCAACAUCCAUUCCGUUCGGACAUUCACCUUCUUCACCUUCAAAUUAUAUUCCAGGCGGAGGAAGUAGUGGUUUAUCAUUUGUUGGCUCCUCCUCAGCAUCAUCGGCACACCACCAUCCUGUAUCUUCUGUUGGCCAUGCUGGUGCAUUUACCAAUAUGGGAACAUCAGUGAGUCAUCACUCGGCUUUUUCAACAGGUACUUCACCUGGUUUGCAUUCUACACCAGGUCUAUUUGGUACCACCACAACUUCAAGUCAUCCACCUUCUGCAAGUCCAACCUCAACAACAUCACCUGGAAUAUUAUCAAGUAUUUUUGGAGGAGCAGCUGGAAGUAGCAGUGGUAGUAUUCAUAACAUUCAGCAUCACACUCGUCAAGGUAGCAGUGGAAGCACAGGUGGUAUUAUUGCACCUCAACAAUCUCCAAGAAAUCAGCAAGUCGUCGGAGAAGACGCUUUUCUUGGCCCAUUCUUUGGAGGUACUGGUAGUGGUAGCGCAGGAGUAUCAGUACACCAUCACCAUCAUCAUCACACAAGCUCAGCAUCAAGCAUUGGCUCGUCAUCGGGAAAGCAGGCAAACUCGGGACUACACUUUAUUAAUGACUUAAUUUCAGAGGAGGACGAAGACAUGGAAAGCAUUUCAAGUAGUAAUCGGUCAAAUCCUCACAUUUCAAGUGGUAAUAACUCUCCUUUUGGAAUUCCUUUAGGAGACAACUUGCCAAACUCUCGAAUUCCACUCACUGGCGGCUUGGAAUCUCUUGAAUUUUUACCUCUGACCAUAUGCCACAAACAUCCUGAAUUGGUAAAACCUCAACCUCAACAGCAGCAAAAUACAUCCACAACAACAAGUACUGGCUCGUCAACGGCUACAACUCUUGUUGAUAACAAGACAACCAGUAACAAUGCUUCCACUCAACAACACACAACACCAUCCUAUCUAUUGGUAAAAUAUAACACAUACAACACCGAGAAUAAGGAAGACUGUUACAAUGUUAUCAAUAAGACUGUCAUUAAUGAGGUUUUAAACAAAAUUCCUACUCCACAAGAGCACAAAUAUAGAUAUAAUCGCUACAACAGCAACAGUAAUAGAUCCACAGAUAAACCUCACAGAAUUAUUCAAUUUAUGAGAAUUGAUGAAGUUGAAAGCAUUGUGCGACAACAAAUGGUGGAUCUUCAGGUCAAUAAUGGAUACGAAGAUGAUUAUUACUACUUUAUUCACAACAACAAGACUGAGGAAAACACCGACCUUGUUUUGAAACAUUUAUUGGAGGAAGAGGAAUCAAGAGAAAAUUCUAAAAAUGUACAAACAAAUGCCAGUAACACUACUCCUGUUGCAAGAUUAUUUGGAAGAAUUCCCUCUCAAAAUGUUAGAACUCCAAGAACUUGCUUUGACACCAAUGUCUUUCGUCAAGAACUCAUUGAACAAUAUUUCAAACACAAAAGAAUGCCCUCAGAGUUGCGCACAAGAUUAAUCUACAAUAAUUCUAUACAAUUGAGAACAAGCAUUGAAAAUGGUCUCACCCUUCUCAUUGAAAUUGAAGAGUUUUUGACCAUUGCAAAGCAAGCAGGAGGAAAGGAAAUUCCACAAAAGCUUUCGGAAUCAUUUAGACAAAAUUGCCAAACUAUUGCUGCCUACCUCCAAUACCAACAAGAGAUUUGGAAUAUUCCAAAGGGCAAAAAAUUUAUUUACAAAGCUCUUAAACAUCUUCCAGAACCCUUCAUCACCAAACUCAUGAUUGAUAUGAUACCAAUACUGAACCUUGAAUACCAUACCAACCCAACAUUGCUGGAAGCCAUGAAUUUAGCAUGCAAAUCCAUUAUUAACAUUGACGCCAUCCCAAUGAUCCUAAUGUCACUCAUGUCAAGCCCAAUUAUUGCCAUUGAAUUUAUAAGUACCUUGUUGAAUAGAGCCAUUACCAUUCUCUCGAAUGGCACGCAACAAGCAAUGAUGUCCGUCCACAGUUGGUAUCAAUUUUUCGUGCAAUCCUUUGUUCCAUAUUUUUUGAACUGCUACUCACACUUGACACAAUCCUCUCCUGAUGCUACCUACAAUCUUCUUUCAUUAAUUUUAAAGUUAAUUCCAAAGAAUUCUCCACAAUUUAUGUUCCUAGUAAGAACUCUUGCCGCUGACCUCAAUUCUCAACACCCUCUAAGGACACAAUUACUCCAACAAUAUGCUCAACCACUCUUCCACAACCAAUAA